UCUGAUAAACGAUAAACGAUUACCAGUGGUGUCACAGGUCUUCCUUGUGUUAAUUGAGUAGGCUAACAACAAGUUUUCCAUUUAUAGGCUAGGCCUACUGAUUCGUGAGACAAACGUUGGUGCAUCUCCCUGGUUGUAGUAGCCUAGGCCUUGUUACCGCUUUUGCAGAAAUGAGGCUUAAACCAAACAGGGGUGUUUUAUUUUUGUGUCUUGUAUUUCUUUACAUCGGCCAAACAUGCGGUAUAAGCCUUGAAAUAGUGGAAAGAGAUGAGACACACCGUGAUAAAAAGUCCGAGGAUGUUCACGCUGGGACAAUUACUUUCGGCGGAGGAGAUAUUUCACUGUUUCGAAAUCUGGAAUAUGAGCGACGAUAUGUUGGAGAAAACACAAUUGGUGGCUCGGGUAAUAUUCAAGCCGACGAUCCACGUCCAGGCCUAGUGGGUGAACAAAUCACUGAUGACUUUAGGUCUUCUAAGGCAGCCUGGGAUCGUAUGCGACCAAAGUUGUUAUGUACGAAUGACCUCAUGAAGUUCUCGGCACAAGGCCCUGGGUACUCUUCACUUCAGCUAGACAGAAGUGGCCAGCCUCUCCCGCUUAGCCAGCUGCCACAAGACUGUGGCUACUCUGUGUACAGGUCUUUGGUGGGCAUUGUGUUUAUUGCCCCUCUUGAUGGUUGUGAUGUUAUACAACAGGGCAACAGCCACUUGCUGCAGAUGUUGUGGCACGGCAAUCCAGUAACCCUAUCUUGCCCUGUAUCAAGCUCAGACCAAGUAUCACCUGUGGAUCCAAAGAUUGAGGAUCAUCUUUUGCCUGGGGAAUUUACCCCUCAAUCCACCUUGGCCCCAACAGCAAAAGCAGUUUUAUCCACAAUUACAGAAGCACCUUCUACAGCUGCCACACUUCCUCCACAGAAUCAACAGCAGCAACAGUGGAUGCAGCAACAGUGGAUGCAGCACCUCAUUCAUUAUGGAGGCUACAACCCUUUUAUUCCUGUGACGACUCCCCCUAAAACUACUGCCACUCCAACUACAGAAGCACCUUCAACAGCUGCCACACUUCCUCCACAGAAUCAACAGCAGCAACAGUGGAUGCAGCAACAGUGGAUGCAGCACCUCCUUCAUUAUGGAGGCUACAACCCUUUCAUUCCUGUGACGACUCCCCCUCAAACUACUGCUGCUCCAACUACAAAAGCACCUACUACAGCAUCUAAGCUUCCUCCACAGAAUCAACAGCAGCAACAGUGGAUACACCCCCUCAUUCAUUUUGGAGGCUACAACCCUGUAAUACCUGUGACUACUCCCCCUCAAACUACUGCUGCUCCAACUACAAAAGCACCUGCUACAGCUGCCAAGCUUCCUCCACAGAAUCAACAGCAGCAACAGUGGAUGCAGCACCUCCUUCAUUAUGGAGGCUACAACCCUUUAAUGCCUGUGACGACUCCCCCUCAAACUACUGUCGCUCCAACUACAGAGGCACCUUCCACUACAGAAGCACCUACUACAGCAUCUAAGCUUCCUCCACAGAAUCAACAGCAGCAACAGUGGAUACACCCCCUCAUUCAUUUUGGAGGCUACAACCCUGUAAUACCUGUGACCACUCCCCCUCAAACUACUGCUGCUCCAACUACAAAAGCACCUACUACAGCUGCCAAGCUUCCUCCACAGAAUCAACAGCAGCAACAGUGGAUGCAGCAGCAGUGGAUGCAGCACCUCCUUCAUAAUGGAGACUACAACCCUUUAAUGCCUGUGACGACUCUCCCUCAAACUACUGCUGCUUCAACUUCAGAAGUGCCUCCACAGAGUCAACAGGAACCGUACCCAGGAUACUAUAAUCCUGGUAAACCACCCCCUCAAGAUCAGCAGUUCAUGAAUCUUUUCAGACCACCUGCUCCAGCCUCCACUGCUGCCCCACUGAUCACUCCAACAGAACCUACAACACCCUUCCCUGAUGACGAAUCUACCUCGGCAGCACCUCCAAACCAGAGUCCACUGGAGGAGAUGCCCUACUCCAAAUAUCCCUUUAAACCUUUCCUUGUCGAAUAUGUCAAUCCUUCUGAUCCCAACAUGCCUAAGCCCAAGACCAAAUCCUGGACUCAGGUGCUGUCUCAGAAUUACCCUUUCAUGAGCCUUGACCAUAGCAACACCCCCAAUAACCAUGCACCUCACCUAGUAGAUGAGGACAAAAAUACAAAAUGACAUGCUGGUGAGUGGUGUCAAACCCUGGAUGAGGAUACCUUUUUUUUUUUUGUCAAUAUAUGGCUCAUAGUGCAUAUUCAAUAAAAUAAAAUAACAAAACCA